AUGUGUGUUCUGCAGCUUUUGGAUGGUAGCGCCGUGGUGGCGGCCGGGGGAGGCGGCUCCGGUCAGGUGACCAGCAAUGGCAGCAUUAAUGGGAGGGACCCACCAGCAGAGACCCAGCCCCAGAACCCACCACCCCAGCCAGCACCCAAUGCCUGGCAGGUCAUCAAAGGUGUGCUUUUCAGAAUCCUCAUCAUCUGGGCCAUCAGCAGCUGGUUCCGCCGAGGGCCGGCCCCUCAGGACCAGACAGGCCCCGGAGGAGCCCCACGCGUCGCCAGCCGCAACCUGUUCCCCAAAGACACUUUAAUGAACCUGCACGUGUAUAUCUCAGAGCAUGAGCACUUUACAGAUUUCAAUGCUACGUCAGCACUCUUCUGGGAGCAGCAUGACCUCGUGUAUGGCGACUGGACUAGCGGCGAGAACUCAGACGGCUGCUACGAGCACUUUGCUGAGCUCGACAUCCCGCAGAGCGUCCAGCAGAACGGCUCCAUCUACAUCCAUGUCUAUUUCACCAAGAGUGGCUUCCAUCCAGAUCCCCGGCAGAAGGCCUUGUACCGCCGGCUUGCAACAGUCCACAUGUCCCGGAUGAUCAACAAGUACAAGCGCAGGCGAUUUCAGAAAACUAAGAACCUGCUGACUGGAGAGACAGAAGCUGACCCGGAAAUGAUCAAGAGGGCCGAGGACUACGGGCCUGUGGAGGUGAUCUCCCACUGGCACCCCAACAUCACCAUCAAUAUUGUGGACGACCACACGCCAUGGGUGAAGGGCAGCGUGCCCCCUCCCCUGGACCAGUACGUGAAGUUUGAUGCCGUGAGUGGUGAUUACUACCCCAUCAUCUACUUCAACGACUACUGGAACCUGCAGAAGGACUACUACCCCAUCAACGAGAGCCUGGCCAGCCUGCCGCUCCGUGUCUCCUUCUGCCCACUCUCGCUCUGGCGCUGGCAGCUCUAUGCUGCCCAGAGCACCAAGUCACCCUGGAACUUCCUGAGCGACGAGCUGUAUGAGCAGUCAGAUGAGGAGCAGGAUUCGGUGAAGGUUGCCCUCCUGGAAACCAACCCCUACCUUCUGGCGCUCACCAUCAUCGUGUCCAUCGUCCACAGUGUCUUUGAGUUCCUGGCUUUCAAGAACGAUAUCCAGUUCUGGAACAGCCGACAAUCCCUGGAGGGACUGUCUGUGCGCUCCGUCUUCUUCGGCGUUUUCCAGUCUUUUGUGGUCCUCCUCUACAUCCUGGACAAUGAGACCAACUUUGUGGUCCAGGUCAGCGUCUUCAUUGGGGUCCUCAUCGACCUCUGGAAAAUCACCAAGGUCAUGGAUGUCCGGCUGGACCGGGAGCACAAGGUGGCAGGAAUCUUCCCCCGCCCAACUUUCAAAGACAAGUCCACAUACAUUGAGUCCUCGACCAAAGUGUAUGAUGACAUGGCGUUUCGGUACCUGUCUUGGAUCCUCUUCCCACUCCUGGGCUGCUACGCUGUCUACAGCCUUCUGUAUCUGGAGCACAAGGGCUGGUACUCUUGGGUGCUCAGCAUGCUCUAUGGCUUCCUACUGACCUUCG